AUGGAUGUCUCCACACCUCCAGUGAUCUCUACAACUUCCAGCAGCGCCGGCGUCCCGGGGGGGUUAUUCCGGGCUGAACCUCUGUAUUCGUCUCCAGAAGAGGCCCCUCGUCUAACCCCUACUAUGAUCAACAAUUUCAUGGCCAAUAACCACAACAGCAGUGUCGUGGGUGGCGGGAUUGGUGGUGGUAGCAGCAACACCAACACUGAGUGCCGGAUGGUCGACAUGCAUGGGGUGAAGGUGGCUUCAUUCCUGAUGGACGGCCAGGAACUGAUCUGCCUGCCUCAAGUCUUUGAUCUUUUCCUCAAGCACCUGGUGGGAGGGUUGCACACAGUGUACACCAAGCUGAAGAGACUGGAUAUAUCCCCCGUGGUGUGCACUGUGGAGCAAGUUCGAAUCCUCCGCGGGCUGGGGGCCAUCCAGCCAGGAGUGAACCGGUGCAAGCUCAUCACCAGGAAAGACUUCGAAACUUUGUUCACCGAUUGCACCAACGCCAGAAGGAAGAGGCAAAUGACAAGAAAACAAGCUGUUAACAGUUCAAGGCCUGGCAGACCCCUUAAGCGUUCUUUGGGAGUGUUGCAAGAUAAUGCCAGCCUUCUACCCCAGGCAGUCCCAGGUAUUUUAUCACCAGGACUUAUCACUCCAACAGGUAUAACAGCUGCAGCAAUGGCUGAGGCAAUGAAGCUCCAGAAGAUGAAGCUUAUGGCAAUGAAUACUCUUCAGGGAAAUGGAAGCCAAAAUGGGACUGAGUCAGAGCCAGAUGACCUUAACUCUACCACAGGUGGAAGUGAAUCUUCCUGGGAUAAAGAUAAGAUAAAAUCUCCAUUUGCUGCUCCUGGACCUCAACAUGGAAUUGCUCAUGCAGCACUGGCUGGCCAGCCAGGCCUUAAGGGUGCUCCUACCCUCAAUCCGCUUCAGCAGAAUCGCAUGCUAAACAAUCGUCUGGAUCUACCAUUUAUGAUGAUGCCUCAUCCCCUACUUCCAGUCAGCUUACCUCAUGCAUCAGUUGCCAUGGCAAUGAAUCAGAUGAACCAUCUCAAUACUAUUGCCAACAUGGCUGCUGCAGCUCAGAUUCACAGUCCACUCUCCAGAGCUGGUGCUUCUGUUAUAAAGGAGCGGAUCCAAGAGAGUCCUUCCCCUGCUCUCUCUCUGGAUGAGAGUCAUCGUCCUGGGAGCCACACCUCUUCCGACCCAAGCAGCAGUGUGUCCAGCUCUCCUUCCCAGAUGGAUCAUAAUUCGGAGAGAAUGGGUGAGUUACCAGCUGAAAUUCCAAUGAUGAAGUCACCCUUGGAAAAGAUCGAGUUGGCUCCUGGACAGGCAUUGCCCCCUGGAUUCCCUGGACCAUUAAUUUUUGCUGAUAGUCUGUCCUCUGUGGAGACUCUGUUGACCAAUAUUCAGGGUCUACUGAAAGUGGCUUUGGAUAAUGCUCGUAUCCAGGAGAAGCAGAUUCAGCAAGAAAAGAAGGAACUGAGAAUAGAGGUGUACAGAGAAAGAGAAAUUAGAGAAAACCUGGAAAGACAACUUGCAGUUGAGCUUCAAAGCAGAAGUACAAUGCAAAAGCGUCUGAAAAAGGAGAAAAAAGCUAAGAGGAAACUUCAGGAAGCCUUGGAAUUUGAAUCAAAGCGCCGAGAACAAGUGGAGCAGGCACUUAAACAAGCCACAGCUAGUGACAGUGGUUUGAGGUUGUUGAAAGAUCCUGGAUUUCCAGAUAUUGAAAUAGAAAACAAUGGGACACUUCAUGACAGUGCUUCUAUGCAAGCCUGAACACUGAUGCCGGAACUCCAAGUGAUCAUAGACACGGAUAGGGUGCUGU